GAUCAAUCUCUUCACUGUCUAGAUAAUAUUUUUUCCAUCAUUUGAGCUCAUAAUAAAUUAAAAGUUGUUAUUGCUACCCAGCCGAUAGCCUUAAGCAUAACCGACACAGGUGGGUCUAGUGCGGCGUGGUCAUUUAGGUUAGAUUUUCAGUUGACAUUAAUAGUUUUAAACCAUUAUACAGCACCAUGUCUGAAAACGGCCAACGAGAAGACCCAUUAAUCAAACCAAAUGGAGUAGACAGUGAUGACGAUGAUACAGUUUGUUUGGGUGAAUCUUUCUUCAUCAAUGACAACUAUGAGCUCACUACGUUUACAUUUGGGUCUCAUGUUCUUCAGCUUCUUUGUCUCCAAUCAGCUUCGACUGAUUUUGAUUUGACGGGGCAGUUGGUAUGGCCUGGUGCGAGACUGUUAAAUGAAUACCUUUCAAAUAAUGCUGAGAUUCUGCAAGGAUGUUCUGCUAUCGAAUUAGGAUCUGGUGUAGGUAUCACAGGUAUACUUUGUAGCAAAUUUUGCCGUGCAGUCAUGCUUACAGACCAUAAUGAUGAAGUCCUCAAGAUCUUGAAGAAAAACAUAGAGCUUCAUGAAUCUUCUGAGAAUCCUAAUCCAUGUGCUGCCUUAACCGCAGAAAAACUAGAAUGGGGAAACUCUGACCAGCUCAACCAAAUUCUACAAAAGCAUUCGGAGGGAUUUGAUUUGGUUCUUGGAGCUGACAUCUGUUUUCAGCAGAACAGCGUUCCUCUACUCUUCAACACUGUGCAACAGCUCCUCUGUCUACGUGGGAAAAAGCAAUGCAGAUUCAUAUUAGCAUAUGUCUCUCGUUCAAAAAUGAUGGAUGUAAUGGUCACAAAUGAAGCCAUCCAGCAUGGGCUGAAGAUCCACGAAGUUGAUGGGACCCGUUGUGUGAUUGCGAAUCUUGAGGGAGUCAUAUACGAGAUAAUCCUUUAAGAUAUACUAUGUCUGAGAUAUACGAAGCUUGUUUAGUUUUGGUAAUUUGUUGGAUUAUAUUAAGUAUUGGACUAAAACUUAGUCACUCGAACCUUUUUUCGAAUUGUAAAAAUGGUAACAUUGUUCUUGAUGUAGGGAAAUUGAAAUCGAA